AUGCCAGUUGAGUACAAGUUUUACUACUUCCCUGGACGAGGCUUGGGUGAAAUUUCUCGACAGAUAUUCGCUUUGGCAGGUGUACAAUAUGAGGAUAUCCGCAUCGAUAAGGAUAAAUGGCCAGAGGUCAAACCUUUGAUGCCUUUCGAGCAAAUGCCAGUGCUCGAAGUCGAUGGACAGCAAAUUCCACAGUCACUGGCUAUUGCGCGAUAUCUGGCACGAAAAUAUGGCUAUGCUGGAAAAACUCCAUAUGAAGAAGCAGUCGUCGAUGCACUUGCUGAUCAGUAUAAAGAUUUUUACGUUGAAAUCAAAGACUAUUACUAUCCAGCCUUAGGUCUGAAAGAGGGAGAUGUGGAGGCCGCCAAGAAAAAUAUCCUGAUCCCAGCUCGUGACCGUUACCUCGGUUACAUGACAAAUUACCUCAAAAAGAGCAGCUCUGGUUUCCUCGCCGGUAACGAGCUCACCUAUGCUGAUCUUAUCCUUGCUGAGCAUAUCUAUACGAUGCGUACCGUAUUCCCCGAGUACACCAAAGGUUUCCCUGAGGUAGAAGAACACUACAACAAGGUCACCUCAAUCCCAGCUCUCAAACAUUGGAUGGAAUCUCGUCCAAAAACAAAUUUCUGAAGUCUCCGUCACAUGAAGACGUUUCCGCACAUUCCUUGGCAAAUCAUUGCUUAUUCAAUCUUCUUAUUUUGAAGAAAUGCAUGAUAUACAAUACAAGUACAGAAUAAAUACUAAAUCUUACACACUUUUA